UGUGUGUCUCCAGAAUUAAACCUGGAAUCUUUGACUUGUGAGCAGAUGUGUAAACCACUACCAAUGGAGCCACGUGGUAAAUGUUAAAACAAUGGCAUGGCUUGUUUCACAGCAUGAUUUUCUACAAGGACAUUUUCCAUACUUACAUUAUCUCUCCACAACCACACAUCUGCCUAGCUACAGGGCUGGGACAACCCCUUUACAGUCACCAAGUGGCAGGUGUGUUUUCAUACAUGACUAGAAACUUUUUUUUUUUUAAUUCAACCAAUAUGUUUUUUUUGUGUGUGUUCAGGCUCUGCUAAGAAACAAACAGCCAAAUAAACAGUAAAUAUCUAAACGGAUCUCAGUUGAAACACAGUCUGGCCUACAGGAGCCAUUCCAAUUGGUAGGUCCUUAAUCAACAGCGGCUUUCAUUAAACAGACUGAGUUUUGCAGGAAUUAAUGCAUCUGCACGAGGGAAACUACACAUCUACAGUUUUAUAUAUCGCGGUAAUAACCCACACACUAAAUAUUCGGGCCCACGGUAGAAUUUUGCGUUUUUACAGCCUACACUGAGAUGCUGUAAUCUGAGCUACGGGGCUGGUUUCUCCGACAGACUGCCCAUUUCCUCCAAACCAAGACUCGACGACAAAGUCUCGACUGUUCACUGCAGAUGAAAUAAGGCGAAAGUUGUUUCUCUCUCUUAAACUCAUUCAUUCUGAUAUUUUCGCACUUUUAUUUUUAAAGUAACUUUACUCUGCUGAUCAGUCGAGGGGAAUAACCUGGGGAGCUGAAAUAAAUCAGACGGCUUGUCUCACUUACUUGAUGACUUGAGUCAAUCAGAUAACCCGGUCUCAUUGAUUAAGCCCUCGCGCAGACUCAGACGCUACACCGCCGCAUUAAAAAGGGGACACAUGGCUGCAUCUGUGGAUAGCAGAUGUUCCUGUCAAACCUGUGCUGCUGAAGUUAAUGAUUUGCUGGUUAUCUCGUACUUAGUACUUGAGCGUGGAGUUUGGAGUCUGCCCUCCGCUCCGAUAAAACAAAGCAGAAGAAGCUUGGAGCUGCUUUGCCUUUCCUUUUUUUUGGCCCUGUGGUGCCACUUCAUCCAUUCAUUGACUGAUUUUUAAAUUCAUCUGGCCGCAGAGAGAGGACGCACAAUGCUGACUUUUGUUGUGUUCUUGAUUUGUGCAGCCAUAUCUGUCUCAGCUUCUGCCAAAGGUGCUGCUGCUGGACCCCGGUUGAACAACAACCAGCUGUACAAAUUCAGCUACACCACUGAGGUUCUGGUAGACAGAGCCAGGGGGUCAAAAGAGGGCAGUGCUGGCUACAAGAUCUCAAGUGAUGUGAACGUUAAUCUGGUUUGGAGAGAUCAGAGCAACAAGGACGACCAGCUGAUUCAACUGGCGAUCUCAAAUUUGAGGAUAGAGCCUGUGUCGCCCAGAUCAGAGAAAAAGAACAUCCUACAUGGAUCCACAACCGAAAGUAUUUUGGGAAAAAAUAAACUAGCAGCUCUAACAAAGCCUUUCUUGGUGCAUCUAAAAAAUGGAAAGGCAAAAGCAUUUUAUUCCUACCGGUCAGAACCUGCAACAGUCAAGAAUCUAAAACGAGGCCUGGCCAGCUUGCUGCAAGUGCAGCUCAGUACUGGGAAGGUUGUAGAGAAUGAUGUGUCUGGGAGGUGUACUGUUGAGUACAAGGCAGUAAAAGGUCAAGUAACAAGAACCAAGAAUCUAGAGACAUGUAAGACAGAAGAGGCUGGAUUUACCACUCACAGUAAGGUCCUGGGUGUGAGUAGGAAGUCCAGUUCUGUUACAGUGUUCACACUUGAAAAUGGUUUCAUCCGCUCAGCUGAGGCUGAAGAAACGCACUCCCUGGCUGUUAAUGCUCGCAGGUCUGUUGCAGCUAAAGUCUUGUCCAGGCAAAGCCUGAAAUUGGUUGGUACAGAGGCAGGACCACUGGAGGCUGCCGGGAAAGAUGCUGCUGCAGUUGUCAAGUCAAUAGAUGCCAAACUGGCAGCUGUUGGUAUUGCGGCUGAGAAGGUCAAAUCUGAGUGCAAAGGCUGCCCAUCGACCUCAGGUUGUUGAUGCUGUCACAUCCUCCCAGACCUCUGAAUCCCUGGAUGCCAUGCUUGAAUUCCUUAACUUCACUGAUGCCAAAGGUUUGGUUCUGCAGGAGAGGUUUCUCUAUGCAUGUGGCUUUGCUUCACAUCCCAAUGAGAGAAUGCUCCAGGCCCUGCUGGAUAUUUCUAAAGGGAAGAUCGGCAGUACUGACAUCAAAGAAUCUGUGGUGAUCAUUAUGGGAGCCCUGGUCCACAAACUGUGUCAGAAAGGAGGCUGCAACUUACCUAUCGUGGAGCAGGUCAAGAAGAUGAUAUUGAACGCUCCCGACAGCACAACGGUUGAGUCGGAGGUCCAGAUGUACCUUUUGGCCCUAAAAAACUCUCUCCUGCCCGAGGCCAUUCCUAUUUUCACCAAAUAUGCAGAAUCAGAAGUGGGAGCCUACAACACCAUUGCCCUCACUGCCCUGCAGAGAUACGAUGUGAAUCUCAUGACCAGUGAGGUCAAGCAAACAGUGAACAGGGUUUACCACCAGAAUCGCCGCAUCUAUGAGAAAAAUGUGAGAGCCGCCGCUGCUGACGUCAUCCUCAGUAGCAACCCCACAUACAUGGAGGUGAAGAAUCUGCUUCUGUCCAUCGGAAACUUGCCACAUGAAAUGAACAAGUACAUGCUGUCAAAGAUCCAGGACAUCCUACGCUUCCAGAUGCCUGCCAGCAAAGUGCUAGGGCAAGCUAUGAAGGACAUGAUUUCUUGUAACUAUAACCGCUUUGCAAAGGUUGGAUCAUCAUCUGCAUUUUCAGGAUUCAUGGCUCAGUCCCCCGAUCUGACCUCCACAUACAGUUUGGACAUCUUGUAUUCAGGCUCUGGGAUCCUCAGAAGAAGCAACAUGAAUAUUUUUGGUGCUACUAACGAAGCAAUGCUACAUGGAUUACAGGUGGCGAUCGAGGCCCAGGGUCUGGAGACUCUGAUUGCUGCCACACCUGAUGAGGGGGAGGAAGACCUGGAGUCCUUUGCCGGGAUGUCGGCUCUGCUUUUCGACAUCCAGCUGCGUCCUGUCACCUUCUUCAAGGGUUACAGUGACCUCAUGUCUAAAAUGUUCUCCAUGACUGGAGACCCCAUCAAUGUUGUGAAGGGUCUCAUCCUGCUCUCGGAUCAUUCUGAGGUCAUCCAGCUCCAGUCUGGUCUGAAGGCAAGUGCGGAGUUUCAAGGAGGUCUCGCCAUUGACAUUUCUGGAGGCAUGGAGAUCAGUCUGUGGUACAGAGAGUCCAAGACCAGUGUCAACAACAGAGCAGCAUUAGUAGUCACUGGCAACGUUACUGUGGACAUGGACUUUUUAAGAGCGGGUGUGGAGGUCAGCUUUGAUACAGAAGCAUCACUGGACUUCAUCACCACUGUCCAGUUCUCAGAAUACCCCUUCCUGGUGUGCCUGCAGAUGGACAAAUCUACCUUCCCAGUCAGUGAAUACCUGACCAAGUAUGAGAGCCUGCCAUCAGGGAAGAGUGUUGUAUCUCGCAAAGGCAGAAAGACACUUAUUCCUGGUUCCGAAUUCCCUCUUCACCAGGAGAACUCGAACAUGUGCAAGAGGGUUUUCGACUCCAACUGGUAGAAAAGAAACCGUCAGUUUUCCACACGCCCAAGUGCUUCACUGCAUUCAGGGACAGCAGCCACACCUCUGGUGUGACACAGCAGGUUGUGAAAAAGCAGUAAAAGACCAUAAGAAAAGAAAAGUGGUGCAUUUUUUUUUUUAUUAUUAACAACACAUGCAAUGUUUACAUUCCUGUGAGUAUUUAAGUAAUUGUAAUUCAAGCUUUGUUUCCAAUCAGGGAUCCUUUCUUUGUGUUUUUAUGGAUUUAUUUGAAAAUAUAUUUAUGAUGGGCACAUACAAGAUGUAUGUUUUAUAUGAUGUGAAAUACUCAGCAUGAAUAGUGCCACUGUAAUCUUCUCCAACACAGUUACAGCAAAGAGAAACAUGUAAAUAUCAGACUUCAGAGCGCAGGUUAACUCAGAACACAUGUGCUCUUUUCCCGAACCAAUUCUUCUUCUUUCUUUCUUUUUCUUUUUCUUUUUCUUUUUCUUUUUUUUUUUUAAAUUAAAUGUAUUUUAAAGAGGAGUAGUUUGUUUUACAUCACUGUAUAACCCUUGACAAGCUUGAAAUCACUUCAGGGUAAUGUUCUCAAUUAAUUCAGUCUUUUACAAUCUUAUUGAAGAUUUAAGUUGCUCCUACAAAGUUAACAGAUUUGUUAGCCUUGUCAUUACUUUAUGAAUUAUCAGAUGAAAGCUGAAUCAAUAAAAGUGAAUCCAUUACCAUAAUUUAUUUUUAUUUUUUUGUAUAGGAAUAUAAUUGGUGUUUGUCUGAAAAUGUUUGGGCACAACAUGAACUUCAUUCCAUGUUAAGGAAACCGAUUGGUUGACAAAAAGUGUACACUAAAAAAUAAAGUUUUACAUGUCAAAGUCGCUAUAUUUGUCUAUUUACCCCAUGAAAGCGAUUGAAUGUAUGCAUGUACAGUGCUGCGCAAACAUUUUAGAGACAAAAAUAAACUCAGGAUGCUUCUAAAAACUA